AUGGUGACAGAGCCCUCCUUCGACAAUAUCUCAUUCCCACUUACGCAUGGCGACGUGCCAAACGAAUGGGGAUGCAUACAGCUCUAUGUCGCACUCUUUGGCGUCACGAUAGCCAUCCACGGCCACGAGUCCAUCACGUACAAGAGUGUCUGGCUUUUCGCAACCGCCGUCGUCUGCGCCGCAGUAGAAGUCCUCGGCUACGCGACACAACGGCGCGAUGAUUGGGAGGGCUUCGGGCACGACGACCCGCGUAUGCUUCAGUCUGUCGCGACGAUAAUAGGGCCUACGCCGCUCUUCGCAGCCCACUGCUUCAUCAUGAGCAAUGUUUCUCGGGCUUAUUCUUGUGCUGUGUACGGCGGCCUUCGCCCGUCAACUGCGUGGAAUAUUAACAUUGUUACCAGGACAUCUUCGCAUCGGCGAUUCAGGGUGUCGGUAGUGGGAUUCGGUCGGAAGAUUAUGCUUCGAGGGGUUUCCCUCCACAUCGCCGUCCUCUCUUUCUUCGCGCUCUUCACUCUAGAGUUCUUUAGGCGCUACGCAUUGGACAGACCACAUCAGUCCUCCCUUGAAGCGCACCGGAAAGCAUCGCCGUCAAGAGGGUCGCUAACUGACCGUCUGAUACUCUGCCUAUCGCUCCUCGGUGGAUCGACGAUGCUACUCCUCGUGCGCGCCAUAGAGCGCAUGUUAGCCCUGGCUGAUGGUGAGGAGGGCGGUAUGGUUAGGAUAGAGGCCUGGUUGAAUAUCUUCGAUGCGGCGAUCAUCAUCGUAGCGUUGUCCUUAGACGACAUGCUCCAUCCUCGGUGGUUGUGGGAGGAGGGCCAGGCAAGGAGGAACGAGGAGGAAGAGUACCUCAUUGAUGAUGUACCAUGA